CCUCCCCUCGGCCCCGUUCCACUCUCAUCACCUCUGCCCCAACACGUUGGGGACUCAGGCUCACGGCGUUUCAGAGAAUUCUUUUGAAUUUCUCCUUUUUAUUGAUCUUAUAAUUUUUUGUUUAGUUUUUGAAGCCGAAGAGGGAUGGGAUCGGAGCUAAUAUACAGAGGCCAUGAGACUCAGCUUGCUUCAGAUUCCUAUUCACCUAAACCGGUUAAACCAUGGGCCUCUGUCACGCGCGUGGUCCGGUACAUGCUCCGGGAGCAGCGCCUCCUCUUUGUGCUCGUAGGCAUUGCCAUAGCCACUCUGGUCUUCAACGUCUUCCCGGCCUCGCGUGCUGCGCACGGCCCCCACCUCCACUCCACCACCCCGCUCCUUGAUUCUAUCCCCUACUUCCCCAUCGAGACCCAAAACAAGUUCUCCUAUGCACACCGGCUCGGGUUCGGGUCGGGCAAUCCAACCGGUAAGAUUCCGUUGGGGCUGAAGCGGAAGGGGUUGAGAAUCGUCGUAACGGGUGGAGCUGGGUUCGUGGGGUCGCACCUCGUGGACCGUCUGAUAGCGAGAGGAGACAGCGUGAUCGUGGUCGAUAAUUUCUUCACCGGAAGGAAGGAGAACGUCAUGCACCAUUUCGGGAACCCCAACUUCGAGCUUAUCCGCCACGACGUCGUUGAACCUUUACUCUUGGAAGUUGACCAGAUCUACCAUCUCGCUUGUCCUGCUUCUCCAGUCCAUUACAAAUUUAACCCCGUCAAAACUAUCAAGACAAAUGUGGUGGGAACACUAAACAUGUUAGGGCUGGCAAAAAGAGUUGGUGCCAGGUUCUUAUUAACCAGUACCAGUGAAGUAUAUGGAGAUCCUCUACAACAUCCUCAGAAAGAAACUUAUUGGGGCAACGUUAAUCCCAUCGGUGUCCGAAGCUGCUACGAUGAGGGAAAGCGUACUGCCGAGACGUUGACAAUGGACUAUCACAGAGGGGCCGGAGUUGAGGUUAGGAUAGCCAGAAUUUUCAAUACUUACGGACCUCGUAUGUGCAUCGAUGAUGGUCGUGUUGUUAGCAACUUUGUUGCUCAGGCUUUAAGGAAGGAGCCUUUGACUGUGUAUGGUGAUGGGAAGCAGACAAGGAGUUUCCAAUAUGUUUCUGAUCUGGUGGAGGGUCUCAUGCGUUUAAUGGAAGGAGAACAUGUUGGACCUUUUAAUCUUGGAAACCCGGGCGAAUUCACUAUGCUUGAGCUUGCUGAGGUGGUACAAGAAACAAUAGACCCGAAUGCGAAGAUAGAGUUCAGGCCAAACACAGAAGAUGACCCGCACAAGAGGAAGCCUGAUAUCUCAAGAGCCAAAGAGUUGCUUGGUUGGCAACCCAAGGUCUCCCUCCGAAAGGGUCUCCCUCUAAUGGUUUCAGACUUCCGACAACGUAUCUUUGGUGAUCACAAGGUCGGCAGCAGCAGCACCACCACCAACGACUCAUCAUCUUAAGAUGGCCUAUAUACUCUUCUCACAGACAGAGCGAUAAAAAUAUAUAAUGGUUAAGAGGAAAAGAGCUUGCCGUUGUCUUUUCCCUAUUGAAACAAUUAAUAUUGUAGUGUAUCUUUAUGAUAGAUGUGGGAUGGAGUUUUUUAUUUUUUAUUUUUGACAUUUAUUUGUUUGCCAUCUUUGUAGCUUCAAUGUUUCUUGUCCCUUUUUAAGAGUUGUAGUUUUACUGUGAGCUUUCCGGAUCUAAAAAAGGUUGAUAUUUUCCCCAA